AUGACCACAGGGCCCCCGCCUCCCCCACCGUCUAUGUCUCCCCUGGCCCCACCCUUGAGACGCUUCGCAGGACUGCACCUCCACACCACUGACCUAGAUGACGUCCCCUUGGACAUGUUCUACUAUCCCCCCAAGACUCCCUCUACCUUACCUGUGAUGCCCCACCCCCCAUCCUCCAACCCACCUUCCAAGGUCCCCGCGCACCCCAUACUUCCCUCAUCAGGCCACACCAGCACCUCAUCCUCACCCUGGGUGCAGCGCAUUCCACCCCCCAUUCCCAUCCCUCCCCCCCCAUCCAUUCCUACCCAAGACCUCACUCCUACCCGUCCUUUGCCCUCGGUGCUGGAAGAGGCACUGGGCAGCCACCCCUUCCGUGUUGGGGACACAGGGAAUCCAGCAGAGGACUGGGAGGAAAAGAACCAAAGUGGGAAGCCCACCAACUCCCCUGCUCUUGAACGGAGCUUCCCACCCACCCCAAAGGAUUUCAGAAAAUAUGAGGAAGGCUUUGACCCCUACUCCAUGUUCUCCCCGGAGCAGAUCAUAGGGAAGGAAGUCCGGCUCCUGCGCAUUAAGAAGGAGGGAUCCUUAGACCUGGCCCUGGAGGGUGGUGUGGACUCCCCAGUCGGGAAGGUGGUUGUCUCAGCUGUUUACGACGGGGGAGCUGCUGAGAGGCACGGUGGCAUUGUGAAAGGGGAUGAGAUUAUGGCCAUCAAUGGCAAGAUCGUGACAGACUACACCCUGGCUGAGGCUGAGGCUGCCCUGCAGAAGGCCUGGAAUCAGGGUGGGGACUGGAUUGACCUUGUGGUUGCUGUCUGUCCCCCCAAGGAGUACGACGAUGAGCUGUAUUCCUCCUGCUUUCUCCCUGGCCUCUUGUGUGCUGUGGCUGUGGCUGUAGCUGGUGUGUAGCCACUCAGGGCCACACCACAAGGAGCCCCUGGAGGUUGGAAGGGCCUUGUGCUGCCAUGGACCUUCUUCUGAAGUCCAGAAAGAGAAACUAAAUUCACCCUUAGCAGAUGGUGAGCUCUGAACCCAUCCGGAACACAAAGCCUGAGACCAGCUUUGAGAGAGGACAGUUGCAGACAUCAGACAGAAUCCCCCAAAAUCCAGGAAUUUCAAACCCCUUUGGCCCCUGGACAAGGAACACCGGGCCACUCCUGAAGGCCAUCAUGGAGCGGAGGGCAGCCUGCUGUUUUGGAUAGGACCUCAGGGCUCCAGCUCUGGUUUAUUUCCUCUGUGACUGUAGCCUCUCCCAGCACUGGGAGGCCUUUCCCAAUCCCUAAUUGGACCCAACUUCUAAGUCUCUCUUCUCUCCACCAUCUCUUUCUUCUCCCUCCUAUGGUAGUUGCUGCCACAAACCUUACUCUGAGCUCAUUAAUAAAAAACACAUUUCUUUACCAGCUUAUGGGGGUGCAUGUGGAUUUCAGCAGUGAUUCAUGGCUGUCAAAUAAGAAACCACAAGGUCUGAAACCCUAUCCAAGGGUGUGAAUCAGACCCCAGCAUGAAAGAGGUGACUGAAUGACCAGAGCUGGCUUGGAGUAGAGGAUAAGUGAGCAGGAGGCCCACUGCACUAGGCUGUAGUGUGUUCUUAGCAGAGAGUGGGCAGGAAAUGAAGUCUGUGUGGCAGGGGCUUAAUGCCAUUCCAGAAAUCAGGGAGCCCCAAAGGGUCACCACCUCAAGGUGUGGAGUGCCCCAGCUUCUCUCCAGGAUAGCAUGCCCACAGAUGCUUGCCCUGAGGUUACCAAGACAGGACAAGACGGAGAAAGCUGCUCCUUCCAUGAAAUGACAUCCAACAGAAUCUCAGAGAGAUUCUGAGGAAAAGGCUUGAGGCAGGAGGAUGCAACCCCAAAGCGUCCUAGUACAGGAACCAGGGACUCUGGCUCUGGAGAAGAGUGGGGUGGUGUCAGUGUAGUAUCUCCUGGAAAUCCAAGAUGAGGAGACUGGAUGUCACAGAGCACUAGAAGUGGAAGGCGGUUCUGAGCGCAUGUAUCCUGAAGCACCAGCUCUCUUCAUCCCUUGGUGGCUGCUUGGUGGCUUCUCAGCUUCCCAGCUAACCUCCCGUCUCUGCCACCAGCUUCCUCUGCUUCCUCAGAGCUCCACUUGAGCAUGGCCAUAUAAUCAUCUAGGUGACCUUUCAGCUGUAGCUCCACCACCAGCUGCAUCACCCUAAUAGGACCAACUCACCUGAGUAGACAGCACUUGGUUUAGGGACCAAUCCCAGGCUCAGUCAGCUAUGGCGGGCAAUGCCAGACUUUCUGAUCUCCUCAAAGGAAACCAAGCCUCAGUGACCUAAUUACUGGCUCCCAAAGACAGUAGCUAUUUGGAGGAGCUCCCUGCAUUUUCUUAUCUUGCACCUAUCUUGGCUUUACAACAAUUCCAAAACCAAGGUAAGAAGUGGGAGCCAUAUUUGCUGACACCUACUAUGUGCCAGGCCUGGGCUAGACUCGAAUCUACUCUAUGCAACCCUUCAUUAAAAUGCCUCAUAUUUUGGACUGUUGAGAGAACACUUCUCCCCACAGUUGAAAGACAGCUAAGAUUCUGCUGUUCCAUGGUGGUGACCUCCUCUUGUGACCUACAAAUACUGCUGAGUCCUUUGGCUUGAGAUGCCUGGAAUCUUACCAUUUGAAAUUCAUCACUGACUGUUUUUAGUUAUUGACACCUCAAAGGGACUGAGCUCAUCAGCACUUAUUAGGACUUGACGAAUGAGAUGGUAAAGACGGCUUAGAGGAGAAGGCUUGCUACCGGGCAUGGGAGGAAGAGGAACUGAGAGGGGUCUGGAGACAUGGGUGACAUUAAAUCCUUAGUCAUAAGGUCACCUAGAGCUGACAAGGUAUGGGGGCUACAAUAGUCCUCUUUAUUGUCAUCAAAGAAAUCAACUCCCUUUAAAAGCAGCCCUAUAUUGUACCCAAAGUACACAGUCAAUGGGCAUUCCUCAGUCAUGAAGGAGAAAGAUCCAGAGAGCCAGGCGCUGGUGGCUCAUGCCUGUAAUCCUAACUACUCAGAAGACAGAGGAU